UAUUCGGAAAGGCCCAUAACAGAGGAGUUGGCGCAGGCGCAGUGCGGUUGGGACGCUUCUAAAGGCGCCAGGAUGGACCUGGCCUACGUCUGCGAGUGGGAGAAAAGCCCCAAGAGCAACCACUGCCCCUCCAUCCCGCUGGUCUGCGCCUGGUCCUGCCGCAACCUCAUCGCCUUCACCACCGACCUCAAGAACGAGGAGGAGAAAGAUCUCACCCACAUGAUCCACAUCCUGGACACGGAGCAUCCCUGGGACGUCUACUCCAUCAACUCCGGACACGUGGAGACCAUCACCUGCUUGGAGUGGGACCAGUCAGGGUCGCGGCUGCUGUCUGCGGAUGGAGACGGGGCCAUUAAAUGCUGGGCCAUGGCGGACCACCUGGCCAACAGUUGGUGCAGCACCCUGGGCAGCGCGGUGGACGGGGACCCCGUGGUGGCCCUCUCCUGGCUCCACAACGGGGUCAAGCUGGCCCUCCACGUCGAGAAGUCCGGGGCCUCCAACUUUGGGGAGAAGUUCUCCCGGGUGAAGUUCUCCCCGUCGCUGACCCUCUUUGGUGGGAAGCCCAUGGAGGGCUGGAUCGCGGUGACGGUCAGCGGCCUGGUGAGCGUCUCGCUGCUGAAGCCCAACGGCCAGGUGCUGACCUCCACCGAGAGCCUCUGCCGCCUGCGCUGCCGGGUGGCCCUGGCCGACAUCGCCUUCACCGGUGGUGGCAACAUCGUGGUGGCCACCUCGGACGGGAGCAGCGCCUCCCCGGUCCAGUUCUACAAGGUCUGCGUCAGCGUGGUCAACGAGAAGUGCAAGACCGACACCGAGAUCCUGCCCUCGCUCUUCAUGCGCUGCACCACCGACCCCGUCCGCAAGGACAAGUACCUCGCCAUCACCCACCUCAAGUUCCUCGCCCGGGACAUAUCCGAACAGAUGUUGCUUUGUGCUUCGAACCAGAACAGCAGCAUCGUGGAGUGUUGGUCGCUGAGGAAAGAAGGGCUGCCGGUUAAUAACAUCUUCCAGCAAAUCUCCCCAACCGUGGGAGACAAGCCCCCGAUGAUCCUGAAGUGGCGCAUCCUCUCGGCCACCAACGACCUGGACCGGGUCUCGGCCGUGGCCUUGCCCAAGCUGCCCAUCUCCUUGACCAGCACCGACCUCAAAGUGGCCAACGACACCAAGUUCUACCCCGGGUUGGGCCUGGCGCUGGCCUUCCACGACGGGAGCGUCCAGAUCGUCCACCGGCUCUCCCUCCAGGCCAUGGCCGUCUUCUACGGCACCAGCCCCGCCCGGUCGAUGGACGAGCCGCCCGCCAUCAAGAGGCAGCGCCCGGCCGGGCCCUCCGUCCACUUCAAGGCCAUGCAGAUGUCCUGGACCUCCCUCGCCCUGGUCGGCGUGGACAGCCACGGAAAGCUGAGCAUGCUCCGCAUCUCCCCCUCCAUGGGCCACAUCCUGGACAUGAACAUCACCCUCCGCCACCUCCUCUUCCUCCUGGAGUAUUGCAUGGUGACCGGAUACGACUGGUGGGACAUCCUCCUCCACGUCCAGCCCGGGAUGGUCCAGAACCUGGUGGAGAAGCUCCACGAGGAGUACAUGCGCCAGAACGCCGCCCUGCAGCAGGUCUUGUCCACGCGCAUCAUCGCCAUGAAGGCCUCGCUGUGCAAGCUCUCCUCGGGGACGGUGGCCCGGGUGUGCGACUACCACGCCAAGCUCUUCCUCAUCGCCAUCAGCUGCACCCUCAAGUCGCUCCUCCGCCCGCCCGUCCUCAACACCCCGGACAAGAGCCCCGGGGACCGGCUGACCGAGAUCUGCGCCAAAAUCACCGACGUCGAUAUCGACAAAGUGAUGAUCAACCUGAAGACGGAGGAGUUUGUCCUCGAGAUGACCACCCUGCAGUCCCUCCAGCAGCUCAUCCAGUGGGUCGGGGAUUUCGUCCUCUACCUCCUCGCCAGUCUCCCGAAUCAGGGCUCGGGGCCGGUCCGCCCAGGGCACAGCUUCCUCCGGGACGGGGCCUCGCUGGGCAUGCUGCGCGAGCUGAUGGUCAUGAUCCGCAUCUGGGGCCUCCUCAAGCCCAGCUGCCUCCCCAUCUACACGGCCACCUCCGACACCCAGGACAGCAUGUCCCUCCUCUUCCGCCUCCUCACCAAGCUCUGGCUCUGCUGCCGCGACGAGAGCCACCCGAGCGAGGCGGACGAGGGCCUGAUUGACGAGUGCUGCCUCCUGCCCAGCCAGCUGCUCAUCCCCAACAUCGACUGGCUGCCCGUCAACGAUGCCAUCGUCAGCAAGCUCCAGAACAAGCAGCCCCUCCGUCUCCAGUUCGGGAAGCCCCCCGGCACCCUCGGACCCCCGGCCCCCCUCCCCAUGGAGGCCACCGCCAGGGUCCCUGGGCAGCCCAAGAUCGACCACCUCCGGCGGCUCCACCUCGGGGCCCACCCCACCGAGGAAUGCAAAUCCUGCACCAGAUGUGGCUGUGUCACCAUGCUGCGUUCGCCCAACAAAACCACGGCGGUCAAGCAGUGGGAGCAGCGCUGGAUCAAGAACUGCCUCUGCGGCGGGUUGUGGAAGCGGAUGCCCUUUGGGUGCUAGAAAUCCCAAGACGCUCAGGGGAUACACAGGGACUUCAGGGGCCAAACGUUCCUGAUUGAUUGACACUUCCAUGGGUUAAUGGGACGCCCCGCCGCUGGAAUAUUAUUGGGACCCUAAAGCCCUGCAAAGCGAUCAGCACUGAGCUGCUAGCUUUCUACUUGCGGGGAAUUUAAUACGUUUUCUUCUUGUUGUUUACCAUGAUUUUGUAAAUAAAAGACGGAGGAGGA